AGCCCAUGUGUAGAGAGCACUGUCAGCCUCUCUCUGCUGCCUGGGAUUCAUCUGACUGUCUGGCUGGCACCCUGUGGCUAAUCUGGUCCCAGACUGGGCACGAUGAGGAGUUUGCAAGACAGUGCACUAAUGAUGUUGGAGCUUUUUCCCUAGAUAUGCUGUUUGGUUACAGCAAUGAAUGGAUUUAUAAAGUCAGAGGCACAGGGUUACCUGAUUUGGAGCUGAUAUUGGAAUAGCCUUAGUAUUAGUGGGCAGCACGUUUUGCCAUGUCUGCCCCCUUCUGCCUCGGUCCCCAGCCCCACUCAUGGGAUGUGGCAUCCUAACAUCUCGGAUUGUGCCUGUACACUUGGGGGCACUGAGGGCUCAGCCCAAAGUCUCCCUGCUGCUGACUAUGAUCUUCCUCUGUACCCUUUUCCUUUACUGCCUGACCGGUUCUUGCUGUGAGUCCCAGACAGGGUUUGGGUCCAUAAUAGCUACAUUACCAGGGGGACCUGUACGCUCAGGCUCUGCAGUUUCUCUCAUAACUGGGAUAGUGGAUACUGUGCGCAAGGGUUCCGCGGAUACUCUCAUGCGCCAAGGUUCCGCAGAGACUCUCAGUGCCAGGACUAAAGACGCUGAGAAACCAGCGCAGGAUUAUCUGUUGUCUAGCUCCCUGGAUCUACAAGAAUCAUCUAGAGCGUUAAUUACUGAUACCCAGGAUAAACUGCCCUCUGAUAUCGCUGGAACUAUUGCAAAACCAUUUAAAGGCUCAAUGUUACCUAAUAGAACUGCAACAUCCACUGACCCAGCUCCAAUGCCAGUCCACAAUAGUUUUGGAAGUAAGAAGUUUCCCCAGGCUAUCAUUGUGGGUGUAAAAAAGGGGGGUACUAGAGCACUGUUGGAGUUUCUAAGGAUACACAAAGAUGUGAGGGCGCUUGGGGCUGAGCCCCACUUCUUUGACAGAUGCUAUGACAAGGGACUAGAGUGGUACAGGAACUUAAUGCCAAGGACAUUAGAAGGACAGAUUACCAUGGAGAAGACUCCAAGUUACUUUGUUACCACGGAGGUGCCAAAACGUAUUUACAACAUGUCAAGAGACACCAAGCUCAUUGUAGUUGUGAGAAACCCAGUAACCAGAGCGAUCUCUGACUAUACACAAACCUUAUCUAAAACCCCAUCGCUUCCUAGUUUCCAAGCACUAGCUUUUAAAAACAUCACCACAGGACCUAUAGAUACUUCCUGGAGUGCCAUCAGAAUUGGGAUCUAUGCUAAACAUCUGGAUAACUGGCUUCAGUAUUUCCCUCUCUCCAAAUUCCUUUUUGUCAGUGGAGAGAGACUGGUCAGUGACCCAGCUGGAGAAAUGGCCCGUGUUCAGGACUUUUUGGGACUCAAGAGGGUGAUAACAUAUAAACAUUUUUACUUUAAUAAAACCAAGGGCUUCCCUUGUUUAAAAAAGUCAGAAGGAAGCAGCAAACCCAGGUGCCUAGGCAAAUCCAAAGGCCGAACACAUCCUGACAUUGAUCAAAAUAUACUGGUGCGCCUUCAAGAAUUUUAUCGUCCGUUUAAUAUGAAAUUCUACCAGAUGACUGGGCAGAACUUUGGCUGGGAUUGAUAUGGUAUUUAAAAUUGUUGGAAUAGAUCAGAUGCCAAUAUUCUAUAUGGGAACCUAUCCAUUACUGUUCCUUCUUGAAACAAAAUGCUCUUUA